AAGGCCCGGGCCGGGGGGCGAUAGGCGCGCGACGCCCAGGCGGUCUGCCCUCGGCUCUUUCCGCCCCAGGCUCGGCUCUUUCCGCCGGCGCCGUUUCCGCCUCUGGCCGCUGCUGACAGCUUCGGAUCUUCCCGCCGCCUCGGCCCCCCUUGCCGGCCGCCCAUGUCGGAGGUGCUGGUGGCUGCCGCCGGCUCCUGCUUCGAGCCCCCCGCGGCUGGGGAGCCGGGAGGCCGCCGCUGCUCCGUGUCCGAGGGGGACGCGCAGGGCCGCCGCUCACCUCCUGUUCCGCCUUCGGAGACUCCAGAGAAUGAAGAUUCAGCCCCAAAACCAGAAUCUGCAUCCCAGACAGUCGCCUCAUCAGUGUCCGAGGCCUCACAGUGCAGGCCGCAGAUUGGAUCACCUGAGAAUGUGCAUGCCGCAGAGGAUUCUAGAAAAGGUGAUGGUACGUCAGAGGACCAGGAUGUGGCCGGACAAGGAGAGAAGCUGGCAGACCAGAUCCAGCCCCCCAGGGAGGAGGCCGUAGUGCGGAUGACUAAGUACCGUGCCCCACAAGGACCAGGGGAUAUAGUCAUGAUACAGUCGGAACACACAGGUGCAGUGGAUGUCCUCUCUGCAGAGCUGGAGACUGCGGACCUCCUUGGUGAACAGAGAAAAGCUCAGCCUCCUCCUCUGGCUCCAGCCUCCACUUGGACCACUUGCAAGAUAAGGGAAUUCAAAGCCAAAAUGGGAAAGGAGAAGAAUGCUCAGAUGGUGGUGAAACGGGGUGAAGUAGUGACAGUCCGGGUGCCAACACACCCAAAUGGGAAGCGUGUUUGCUGGGAGUUUGCUACGGAUGAUUAUGACAUUGGCUUUGGGGUCUAUUUUGACUGGACUCCUGUCACCAGUACUGCCAUUACUGUUCAAGUCAGUGAAUCAAGUGAUGAGGAAGAUGAAGAGGAAGAAGAUGAGAUCGAAGGACUCACCCCCGUUGGAGAUGUGGAGAGGGGCUCUAAAAGCUAUCUACGAAACCGCUAUGGGGAGAUCAUGCCUGUGUACCGAAGGGACAGUCACCGGGAUGUGCAGGCAGGCAGCCAUGACUACCCGGGUGAGGGCAUCUACCUGCUCAAAUUUGACAACUCUUACUCCCUCCUGCGCAACAAGACUCUCUUCUUUCAUAUCUAUUACACCAGCUGAAGGAGUGGAGGGAGCAGAGACAGCAGGCAGGUAACACUGACCAAAGCAGGCUGCCAGCCGGGACUGGCACCCCCUAAUUGGCACUGCCCUAUGGCCAAGUGAGAGACCUGGCUCUCUGCUCUCCUGUGGAUAAGAACAGGUUUUCCCCCAUUCCCUCCCAGCUUACUCACAGGAAACGGUAGCUGUGGCUGCUCAGUCGUCCAAAGGCAACUCCUCUCGCUCUAAAUUGCAGGAAGCCUGCUCUGUGAAGGCAUCAGGCUGGGACUUCUCAUUACAGCCAGUAAAUUGUCAGAGCGCAGAUUCAGGUGGCAGCGUUUCUUUCUGUUGCACUUGUAUGAACUGAAGCUGAAAUACCCUUUUACUUAAAAAUCCUCAAACUC